UCAUGUUCAAGUAAGCUGUAGUGUCAAAAAAUAAUAACAAGCUACAAAAUGUCAUUUAUAAAAUAUUAACAAAGAUUUUGUUUCAAAUUUAGAACAAAAAAUAUAAAUAUGUCUGAUGUAGCAGUAAAAAAUGUUGAUAGUGCUUGUGAGACAGCUGAAGAAUUUACUAGAGUGUUUUACAAACAAGUAGACAACAGCCGCCAUCUAACCUCAAAAUUGUAUUUGGAUACUGGAUUACUUGUUUGGAACGGCAAUGGUAUCAGUGGCAAUGACAAAAUACAGAAAUUCUUGAUGGAUUUGCCUGCAAGUAACCAUACGCUGAAAAGUUUAGAUGCUCAACCAAUAUCUGAUGUCUUGGUUGCAAAUAAAUUGACGUACCUCAUCCAAGCUUGUGGAGAUGUUACUUAUCAAAACGAAGAAACAAAGAAACCAUUUCAGCAAACUUUUCUCAUAGUGGCAGUUGAUGGGAAAUGGAAGAUAGCCUCGGAUUGUUUCAGACUCCAAGUUCCUUAUGGAAAUUAAUUUUUAUUUUAUUAUUAAGUUAAAUGUACCAAUUGCUAAGCAAAAAUUUUAUUUAAGAAAUACAUUAAAAAUUCUUUUU